AGGUUCUGAAGCCAGAUGGAAGAUGAAAAAGCCAACUCCAGGGCAGAAGAUCUUUAAAGACUUAGAGUCGUGUAAGACAUCUGCAGUAAAGCAGCAAACAGCCAAGGGACCUUCAGAAAAGUUACGUAAAUGUAACGAAUUGGUGGACAUUUACAGACUUGCCUUUCCCACUAUUGGUGAUGAAUGCAGUAAGAACUUCCUUCAAAACCUUCACCUUAUUCAAGAUCAGAAUGCUCAAACAGGGAGGAGGCGUGGCCAGUGUGAUGAGUAUGGAAAGCCUUUCAGUCAGAGAUCACUGUUUUUGCAGCAUAAGCAAAUCCCUCCAAACGCAAAAUCUUACAAAUGCAGUGAAUGUGGGAGAGUCUUCAGACGUCAGGCAAAUUUUGUUCGACAUCAUAGAAUUCACACAUCAGAGGACCCCUUUGAAUGCGACAUAUGUGGGCAAGCCUUCAAACAGAAGUCCACUCUUGCUGUCCAUAAACAGUGUCACCUGCAGAAAAAGCCAUAUAAAUGUCAUGACUGUGGAAAAUGUUUCCGUCAGAUGGCAUAUCUUAUUGAACAUAAGCGGAUCCAUACCAAAGAAAAACCCUAUAAAUGUAGUGAGUGUGAAAGAACGUUUAGUCAGAAUUCAACCCUUAUUCGACAUCAGCUAAUCCAUAGUGGAGAAAAACCCCAUAAAUGUGUCGAGUGUGGAAAAGCCUUUGGUCGUCAUUCGACUCUUAUGAGCCAUCAACAGAUUCACACUAAACAGAACACUCAUAAAUGCAGUGAAUGCGGGGAAUGCUUCAGUCGGAAUGUAGACCUCAUUCAGCAUCAAAGAACCCAUACCAAGGAGGAAUUCUUUGAAUGUAGAGAAUGUGGAAAAACUUUUAGUUUUAAGGCAAAUCUUCAUCGCCAUGAGGUCAUUCAUACUGGAGAGAGACCUUACAGAUGUGACAAAUGUGGAAAAUCUUUUAUCUGGCGCACAAGCUUUAUUAAGCAUCAGGGUACUCACAGAGAACAGGUAUCUGUGUGAUACUAACUAGAAAAAGACCAUUUAAAGACCAGAACUGGGACACCUGGCUGGCUGUUGGUGGAGCCUAUAACUCUUGAUCUCAGGGUUGUGAGUUUGAGUCCCACGUUGGGUGUAGAGAUUACUUAAAAUCUUAAAAAAAAUAAAAUAAAUAAAGACCAGAACUUACCACUAGUGUAGUUAUGUGUAAUUACAUUGUUUUAAGAAAAUUACUAACCGGAACUGAAAUGGUUUUGCUUUGGGGACCCUCUUUCUGCAGCUAACCUUCUUGCUAUAGUUAAGAAUUACUUAAUAGAGGGGCGCCUGGGUGGCUCCGUCGG